ACCGGUUCUUCCUUUUCAAACAAUCUUCCUCAUCCAUUGACAAUCGAUUGCUCGUGUCUUUCAUGUUCCAUUAGUGGUCCCUCGUAAUUUAGUUCUCCAAAGCUUGAUUACCGUUCAGCGCUCAGAUAACGAGUCGCGUCUACGUGCGUGUUUCGACCCUGACCACCGAUAAAUUUUUCGGUGGAAAGUUGAAGUACGGCGCGAAUUCAGUAAAAUCGCGUUGAGACCAUUGAAAAAUGCAGUCGUCUCGCGAGGAUCAUCAGUGCUCUUACAACCGAGAUCUCGGAAACAAUAGUGGCUCGCGGAGGAAACUUAUACUCGACGAGGAAAUUCUUUUAUCAAUCUUCUCGUGGAUUAAAUCAGUGGUUAGUCAAGAGAAAGCUCGAUUUUUUAUAGUUAGACCAACUGAGAAUCUCGAUUAUCAUAAAACAAAAGUCUCCAUAUGUGCCUUCGUGGUGUCAUUGGUCGGUGCACUCGAUUCGUAGAUGCUCGAUUCAAUGAAGAACCGUUCGAGAGAUGACAGUGCGCGAGGAGAAUCGGAAGAACAUGAGACACAGCAGCUCUUGGCCGGAUUGGGCGCUACAGACGGUGAAAGUGCGCGUGGAUCCGUUGUCGCGCGCCUUCACAAUUAUCCCGACGAUUCGCGAGGGUUUGCACCCGUUGUUGAAGAGCAACUGGAUCGACGAGAUCGUUUUCCUCGAUCAUGACGGCUCGACAUCCAUUGAGACGAAACAACGAUUCGUGUGCAGCACCAAGGCGAUCGAACAGAAUGGCUACGGUGAAUUAGAGGAAACUUUUGAAUUACGCAGCCUGGUACCUGACGUUAUGAAUAAAAGUUCCGGAAAAGCUAUUGGCGAGGAUGGAAGGAGUGGCGAAUGUCAUAAAAACGAGCCAAAAUUGCCUUCGAGACUGUGGUCCAACGAAACUGCCAAAGAAUCUCGCGAAGAUAAUAGAGAUAUGUCUGAGAGAAGCAAGCCAGACUUCUUUCUAGCUGACGAAGAACGUACGUCGAUACCAUAUCGACAGGAAGACAAUACGAAUAAACCAAACUUCAGAUUGGAAUCCAUCGAUGAACCUUCCAAAUGUUCCACUGCACAAAACAAAUACACAGAAGAAUCAUCCGAGGUGAAGACCGAAUUGAAACACGAAGAUCCUCUACCUUUAGAAAUCAUCGUAAAAAUCGAAACAUCCAAGCACCUGCAAACAGUUCCAAUUGGAACGGAAGACAGAGAAGGCGCUCAAGGUUUGACCCAAAAGUCCAACCCAAGAAAGACACCAACUCCUCAAAUUGAAAUAGUAGAUUACGACGAUAUAACAAGCUUCUCCCUUAUAACGGAAAGACAAAUGCAACAUGCUUGCCCGAAAUGCACUUCGGAAGGCCAGCUUCUUGAACGUGUAGACCCAUUUCGUUCGCCGGUUUCGAGCAGGAAAAAAACCGUUGGUCGGUGUCAGGAUGGAAAGCCGGAAAUGGUCCGUAAAUAUUCCGCGACGGAAGGUAAAAUGAGGAACAGCUGGCGUAGAAUAGGAGCGAGCGGUCUAAUUGGAGGCGCCAGGAAUAGAGAGAAGGAGAAGUACGCGCGGAAGAAGAAUCCGCCGACGAAAGACGUGAGGAAAGAGGCCACCCUGAGGAGGCAUUACUAUCCGGAGGGAGGCUGGGGCUACGUGAUCGUGACCUGUUCUGCGCUCGUCCAUUUCCUCGGGAUCGGUUUGCAGCUCGCAGCGCCUGGCAGCUGGCAUCUAACCGCCGAACUAAAGUUCCAUCAGCCCGCCCUUCACAGCGCAGGUAAGAUAUCUCUCGUCUUAUAG